AUGGAUCAUAUUGAUCUUGCUGAAGAGCGGGAGAUGGGUAAUGGUGAUCCCAUCAUGGUUUUAAAUGUUUCCGUUCCUUAUAGUGCCAAUAGUUCCGACAGAAAAAGUAACGUCAGCUCACCGCUUCUUAGCAAGUGCGCUAGCAAACAGACGUCAGGUGUCAUGUGGCUUACAAAGCCUACUUUGGACCCCUCGUGCAUUCGUUUAUGCCCUCUUCGACGGUGGGUGCCGGACACACAAGUUUCAACUUGUAUGGCUCACGGAUGUAAUGUUGCUUUUUCAAUGUUUAACCGAAGGCAUCACUGCCGCGUUUGUGGUCGCGUCUUUUGCUCCGCAUGCUGUUCAGAAACUGUUAAUGCGUUAGUUCAGUCAGCUCUGGAGGUUCAGUCGAACCCCAUUGAGGCUUGUGGCGGCGUAGACAAGACGUCGUUACCCAGUGGUAGAGUCUCUGGAACUGACAUUGCUAACGGUGAAGACAACAUUUCGCAGCAGCAGCAGCAAGGACAGGUCCAGUUUAUGAACCCCACAACGGUGGCGGCGUACCGCGUUUGCUUUGCCUGCCACUAUGAAGUACAGCUUGUUGUGUCCCGCCGUGAUCGUAACGGUGAGGUGCGGCGAAAGUGUCGUGGUGAGCUGAAGAUGCUGCAGUGGUCGCUGCUAGUUAGAGUUUUGUCAUACUUGACAAUGGAGGAGCUUCUAGGUGUGUCUUUAGUCUCGUCUGACUUUUAUUUUAUGUCGAGAGACAACGUCAUAUGGUAUCGGUACAACAUGACGCGAUGCUUGCGCGAGGAGGAACUGCAACGCAUGCUCUCAACAACUUUGGGGAGCCGGAACUCUACGCGACGACAGCGUCUCCCACAGAAGCAGCUGGGAGAGCUCACGUUUGGCACGGAUUUUGACAGCAUUACAUCCGCAGGUGCUGCCAAACCGACAAUUUCACUUAACGCGCGUUACAAUUUUACUCAAUUUCUUGAUUUUACUCGGAGACGAGAGGCGACACGGUGUAAGGGACUGUCAUGCUUCUCCGUGGGGAUGCGCGAUCUACUGUCAAGCCCAAUAAAGAUAGCUCUUAUUGGCCCAUGUGGUGUAGGGAAAACGUCAUUAAUGCGGGAGUGGGGUCGACAGCGGCGGCCGGGCGACAAUAGUGCGAGGUUUGCGGUGACGCCACCAACCGUGACUUUUAACCAGUUUGACAAAACCGUCUUUCUCACUGGUGGCUUGACGGCCCGCGCGCAGUUGCGAGUGUUUGACAUCUCCGGCCACCCACGGUUCAGAGAGUUAACCCGCUUUGUUUGUGCUAGUUGUCAUGCUGUGGUAAUCUGUUAUGACCCACAACGUAAAUCAUCACUCAUGGAGGCAAAAGCCAUCAUAGCUGAUGUGGAGACGAAACUCGGAGUUCAGCCUGUUAUUGUGUGUGGUUUGAUCCCACCAGCCGAUGCUGGGAGGGGGGGGUCUGCGGUUGAAGUGUCAGCAGAAGAAGCUACUGAGAUCUCUAGCAGGGAGCGUGGAUCACUGCUGUGCGCAUGGCAUGAGGGUAAGAUACUGUUUGAGCACGUGGUGCAGUGCCUGCUCGACUGCAUUGCACUUGGGACGUCUGCCAUAUCAUUCACCGCCCCCGUCAGCCCAUUGGGUGUUCCUGUGGACAGCGAGGAGUUCUCCGUCAACCGCUCAACAGCGCAGGAGCUAUUGCGAAUUACGAUGUGCCCAUCGGCUAUUGACGUGCUAUUGGACUAA